CGCCCGCAAAGAGCCGCGCUCGGCGCCCGCUCGGCAGCGCCGCCGCCGCCGCCGGCACCAUGUGGCAGCCGGCCACGGAGAGGCUGCAGCACUUUCAGACCAUGCUAAAAACAAAGUUGAAUGUCUUAACUCUUCGGAAAGAGCCUCUCCCGACUGUGAUUUUCCAUGAACCAGAAGCCAUUGAGCUGUGCACCACAACUCCGCUUAUGAAGACCCGGGCUCACACUGGAUGCAAGGUGACAUAUUUGGGUAAGGUUUCCACAACAGGGAUGCAGUUUCUGUCAGGCUGCACAGAGAAACCGGUCAUCGAACUAUGGAAGAAGCACACGCUCGCCAGGGAGGAUGUUUACCCAGCGAACGCCCUGCUGGAAAUUCGCCCUUUCCAAGUCUGGCUGCACCACCUGGACCUCAAAGGUGAGGCGACGGUCCACAUGGAUACCUUUCAGGUCGCACGCAUAGCCUACUGCACUGCUGACCACAACGUCAGCCCAAACAUCUUUGCGUGGGUGUACAGGGAGAUCAACGAUGACUUGUCCUACCAGAUGGACUGCCAUGCGGUAGAGUGCGAGAGCAAGCUGGAGGCCAAGAAGCUGGCCCACGCCAUGAUGGAGGCCUUUAAGAAGACUUUUCACAGCAUGAAAAGCGAUGGCCGGAUCCACAGGAAUAGUUCGUCAGAGGAAGUGUCUCAUGAAUUCGAGACUGACGAUGGCUGACUGAAUGCGUUCACAGUUCAGCAAAGGUGGAAACGGCCAAGGGAAUGAGAGCUGAUAGAUGAAUACGCAACAGUUGAAAAUGGGGAAUGAAAAGACUGCCGAACACUUGGCUGACCAGCUUUUUAAAUCAAAAGAGCAAUUCAGUACCUAAAGAUAUGCAUCAUUAAAGUAACUGCAUUACCUUGAAAUCUGCUGCUGUUGUAAACGUGAGAAAAGAGCUUCUUCUUCUUCUUUUUUUCUUUUUUUUUUUUUUUUUUCUUUUUCCCAGUCUCUCUCACCCACUCAUCACUGACCCUUUCUUGUCUCUAUAGUUCAGGUGCAUACUGCAAAGUAGAUUCAUUCCUGUUUGUCUUAUAAAAGCAGUCAGGCAUUUUUAUUAUUUGCUGCCCUGGCAUUCGUAGCUAGGGGCUGAUGCUGAUACAGAAGAGCGAGUAGGACAGGAAAGCCCUAAUGAGUCCAGGAGAACCUUUCUCCAUGAUGUAUCACAAAGUCCUUUGACCCUAUGUAGGUUAAAACAGCCAUACGCAGCCUUUUAGACUAACGGCCUGGCAUUCUGCAGUUAAUUCACAUUUCACAGAUUAAACAUAAAGAAAAAAAGAUGCUUGUAUUUACACUUUAUAUCAUAUGCUAUUCUUUAUUUUAUUCAUUGUACCUAUUUCCUUAAUAUACCUGCAGCCACAUCUUUCACCCAGCGCCAGUAGCUGCAGUUUCAGACUAUGUACUGCAGGAUACCAAAAAGGGGUGGGAAAACCCCCCCGUGGUGGUCAGGGAACUCGCCCCGUUGCCUGUGCAUUUUCAAACCCUGACUUACUCCGUAGGAAGUGGGCCCGUGGAUAAGAACUGAGCGACGUUCGGACACUCGGCUCUGUCAGUAUUUGAACUGUGAUUUCUCAUCAACCUCAGGUUUGAAGUGGUGUGAGCGUGGCAGCCCCGGGGCCGUAGUGCCCCGCGUUGCCGGCUGCUCAGCUCGGGCAGGGGGUGCUGGAGCAGCAGUGCUGGAAAGAUUUAAAAAAAAUCAAAAAAAACCCUCCUUUGGAGUCAGGUUUGACAGUUUGCUGUAGUGGAGACACUCAUGUUAAGAUCCCCGUACCUUCCCAUGUUUGCAGAUGUAGAGUCCUGCCUUUCAUAAAUGCAGAUGUUUAAUAAAACUCAAAUAAAACUUGUUUCACUUGGUAUUUUUUAAGGCCAAGAGCAGAUCAAUAGUUUGCAAGUAAUGCUGCUCCUUUAUACAAUUUUGUUCUUAAUCAUGGUAAUGUUAGGGGCACUAGGGCACCUUACAGAAGCCUUAAAAGAAAGCUAAUUGAAGCAGAUAGCUCUGUGUCUGUGUUUUGUGGGUAUACAUGUUUGUGUGAGAGUGUAUGUGUGAGUCCAAUGUUAAGGCAUGUAGAAUAAGCAUGGAGACAUAUUGAGGAGGGCCCACACCUCUUGAAAAUAUGCUUGUUGCUUUCCAAUGUAUGUAAACUAUUCUCAAGCAUAAAUGCAUUCAUACGUUAAUAAAAAAUAAGUUUGAGUUAAAA